AGUCCGUCAGCUGCGCACUGCAAUCACUGUGCGGGGACAACGUCGAAGGCUAGGUUUUAGCUUCCUGUCUCUGGCCUAUCUCGCCCCCGCAAUGGAGAGAAACGAAGGAGUUCGGUUCGUCUCCUCCUCCAUCAAGAUCCCCCAGCCUCCCGCCCGUUCUGCUCCUUUGCCUUUCUUUCUCCUCUCUUCCUUCCCCUUCGCUUGCCAGUCGCUCUCUUUCCACCUCGACCGGGCCAAAGAGGCGGUGAACAGCUUCCUCACCUCGCUUCCGCAACGAUGGCCACUUCCUCCGAUCGCCAUGGCGCGGACCGAGGGGGAGCCAAAUCCCCGACGCCAUGGGAGGGAGGACGAGGAACGGGUGCUCAUCAGCGAGGUUCUGAUACGGAACAAAGAUGGGGAGACGCUGGAACGGGCUGAUCUGGAGGCCUUCGCUGCUGGAGCACUCAAGUCUUGCAGACCCAACUCGGCGCUCACAGUGAGGGAGGUUCAAGAAGACGUCCACAGAAUCAUCCAAACAGGGUUAUUCUCAUUGUGCACGCCCGUUGCUUUUGACACUCGGGAUGGAAUUCGGCUGGAAUUUCAGGUAGAGCCUAAUCAGGAAUUUCGAGGUUUAAUUUGUGAGGGAGCAAAUGUUCUUCCUUCAAAGUUUAUGGAAGAUGCUUUUCGUGAUGGAUAUGGAAAAAUAGUCAACAUAAGGCAUUUAGAUCAGGUGAUAAAAUCAAUCAAUGGGUGGUAUCAAGAUCGUGGGUUAACCGGCUUGGUAUCAUAUGCUGAGAUCCUUUCAGGAGGGAUAAUUAGAUUAGAAAUUUCUGAAGCUGAAGUCAAUAACAUCAUCAUUAGAUUUCUUGACAGAAAAACAGGUGAACCAACUAAUGGGAAGACGAAACAGGAUACUAUACUACAACAACUAACAACGAAGAAAGGACAGGUUUACAGUAGACUACAGGGAAAAAGAGAUGUCGAGACAAUAUUGACAAUGGGAAUAAUGGAAGAUGUCACAAUCAUCCCGCAACCCGCUGCAGAUCCACACAAGGUUGAUUUAGUUAUGAAUCUCGUAGAACGGCCUAGUGGUGGCUUCUCUGCUGGAGGUGGAAUUUCGAGUGGGAUAACAAGUGGACCACUUUCGGGUCUGAUUGGAAGCUUUGCAUAUUCUCACAGGAAUGUGUUUGGGAGGAACCAAAAACUCAAUCUUUCCUUGGAAAGAGGACAAAUUGACUCAAUAUUUCGCAUAAAUUAUACUGAUCCAUGGAUUCAGGGAGAUAAUAAAAGAACAUCUAGGAUGAUCAUGAUUCAGAAUUCGCGAACCCCAGGAACACUGGUUCAUGGUAAUAACCAAUUUGAUCAUGGUGGCCUAACAAUUGGGCGAAUUACUGCAGGAGUUGAAUAUAGCCAACCUUUUAGGCCAAAGUGGAGUGGGACCGCUGGUCUAAUUUAUCAGCGUGCUGGUGCUCGUGAUGAUCAUGGUGAACCCAUCAUUAGAGAUUUCUACAACAGUCCAUUAACUGCGAGUGGCAAUGCCUAUGAUGAAAUGCUAAUUGCAAAAUUGGAAAGUGUCUAUACUGAUUCUGGUGAUCGUAGCUCCUCAAUGUUUGUGGCAAACAUGGAACAAGGACUUCCACUAUUUCCUGAGUGGUUGUGUUUCAACAGGAUUAGCAGUCGUGCCAGACAGGGCUUUGAACUUGGUCCUGUAAGAUUUAUGCUUAGUGUCUCUGGAGGCCAUGUUUUUGGGAACUUUUCACCCCACGAAGCAUUUGCUAUUGGCGGGACUAACAAUGUCAGAGGUUAUGAAGAAGGGGCAGUGGGCUCUGGCCGUUCAUAUGCAGUCGGCAGUGGAGAAAUCUCCUGCGGCAUGUAUGGACCUCUAGAAGGUGUGCUGUUUGCAGACUAUGGAAGUGAUCUUGGCUCAGGCCCUACAGUGCCUGGUGAUCCAGCUGGUGCAAGGGGUAAGCCAGGUAGUGGCUGUGGCUAUGGUGUUGGUAUUCGAGUGGACUCUCCUCUUGGCCCUCUACGCUUGGAGUAUGCUUUUAAUGACAAAAAAGCGAGGAGGUUUCACUUUGGAGUUGGCUAUCGGAAUUAGAUUAUUUCUUUGCUGACCAUAACAUUCAUUAACCUCAAUUUUGUUCGAUUAUAUAGUCAAGUACUUUUUGUAGUUGUCAAAGAAAACAUCAAAAUAAUUUCCAUCUGUUCAAA